UAUUAGAGAAUCUCCCUGAUUCCACGGCCCUCUUGUAGAAAAAUAGAAAAUCAAUUCCAAUUGAAACCCUUGAUUAGUGCUCAAUUUUAAGACUUAAUUUUGAGACUAGCAACCAGUAGCUAACGGAGGCACCUGUAGCCUUUGGCGCAGACCGUAUUCUGAGGAUGGUCUGCGACGCAGGCUAAGGCACCUGGGGUUCUUGGGAAUGAUCUGAGAGGGGGCCCUUGGUACAUUUCAUUGCGGGGUUAUUUCAAAGGAAUAAAAUGUAUUCCCACUUUCCCUACUUUUUUAUUUCAUCCAUUUGUGAUUUGAUUUCGUCUUGAACACUUUAUCAUAUUCAACACGUUCAGUGGUGAAAACAAUUUUGAAAGAGGCAGCCACCCCAAACACAUUUACAGUGGGUUUUUUUCUCAACAGAUUCAUGGGCAUUUUUAGGCCAAGUUUCCCAAGAAUAAAACCUUCUAUGAAGAUUUGCUGGCUACGGGGGCGAGAUUUACCUUUGAAAUGCAAGACAAUCAUAAAGAAAUAAUUUUUUGGUAGAAAGGGAUAUCUACAAAAGAAAACGAGCAUUUGUUUUCAAUCAUUUGUUCUAGCAAAAAAUUGUUGUUCAAUCGUCGCUUCAAUCCGCUUAGAACCGUUAAUACCUUUGUCCUUUGAAAAAUUGGAUUAGAAUUGGCAGUAAAAACAUCAAAAUCAUAAUCCAAAAGAAAAACCUCUGAAUGCAAUAUGGCAAAUUGUUGCGUGUUUGAACGGAAAAGAAGUUUUCGCCUUCUUUUCUUUUAAAUAAUUUAAUUCUAAAUCAUUCCAUUCUUAGGAUGUGUAGUCAACAUCAGAUUGACUAUUACGUCAUUUAUCUCUUAAUCACGUGUUCAUCAAAAGAUGGCUUUAGGCCUUCAGCUUUUGGCCUUCAGCUUUUGGCCCAAUGACCUUUUCUUCUAAUCUGUGACCUUGCCAUUAAAUCUUUGAACGCGUUCUAGUUAUGCUGCAGAAGCAAAAUGAUACCAAGGAAAAGUACAUUUUCCCACCUCCAAUUGCCUUUUAUCUAACCAUUUCUGAUCCUUGGUUCUAGACUAUGCGUUCUAACGAGAACGCGAGCGACCAAUCUAAAGCCAAUUCAUAUAGCUUUGUCAAGAGUAAAAAUAAAAAUAUGAAUAGGUUAGUAUAAAAAAAUCAUUUACUAAUUGUAACAUGCAUGAUGUUUUUGUUCUAUUUCAAAGGAUGCUUCAAAGUUCAUUCCGUGUGUAGGAUUCCUAUGAGCUACGUUUGUUUUCUCUCUUCAGUUCAUUUACAACGCCAACGUCCCAUUUUAUCUUUACCCUCCACUGCCAAGCAUUGUUCCAAAUUGAAUAGAUCCAGCUUGGUUUUGAUUUAGAGACGCGAGUUGUUUACUGGUUACUUCGAGAGCUGCAGCCGUUUUACGCUACAAAGAAAUGCUAUAUCGAGGAAGAAGCAACAGUGAAAUUACGCGAGAAGCUCGUAACUUCCAAAAUAAAAUACAUCUGUUACAAGAUUCUUAACAAGCAUCUGCUGGAAUGUUAGGAAGCGGCAAUGGCAAUGGCGUUUUUGCUGAUUUGCGCUUUCUCCUACUGCUCUUUUGUUGGCUGUCUGGAUCGUUUUUGGCGAGAAUCGAUUGUAGCAGUGAUAUUCCAAGCUCAGAAGCCUGCACAGAAAUUACCCCUAUUGGCCUGGCAAAUGGCUUUAUUGACAGUAAAAAACUUACGGCCUCGAGCAUAUACUCUCAUGACAUAUACCCAAAACGGUUUUGGGGACCAACUCAGGCUCGCUUAAAAACAGGGUCCUGUUGGUGUGGAGGCAAUUCUAGUUGGAAAGAAGACUGGAUCCAAGUUGAUCUUGGUAGGAGUUACCAACUAACUGGCAUAGCAAUACAGGGUGACCCCCUGGAUCCGCCGAAUGAUAUCGAAGAAUUCUAUGUACAGCUCAGUGAUGACGGGGUGAACUUUAGAAAUGUUACCAGGGUCACUGAUGAGCAUGGUCAUAAUGCGAUCCACGUGUCACCUUCAAGGGACAGUGACGAAAUUCGCUAUUUCUGGUCCCCAGUCUCCGUCACCUCCAGAAUUGUGCGGAUUAAACCAAUAAAACUCCUACUUAUUGGCCACAACGCCAAGUUUUGUUUACGUUUCGAGCUAUAUGGCUGUCUACCAAAAGAACGGGAAAGUCUGCUUCCAGUGGGCCUUGAGAACGGCAUUUUACCAGAUUCACAUGUAAUAGCUUCGUCAAGUCACGUGGGCGAGCCUCCCUAUCAUGCUCGUUUGAAUAUGAGGAAUAGCUGGUGUAUUGAUAUGAUUGCAAACCAGUGGAUUCAGUUCGAUUUAGGACAAGUGCUGGCAGUGAAAGCAUUGACAACACAGGGUCGAUUUGGCAGGACAACAAAUGACAUGGUGUCAGCAUACUAUUUGUCAUUCUCUAAUACAUCCACCGUCCCGUUUUCAUUUUUCAGUAUAAGUGGAAAACGAAAGUUAUUCCAUGGAAACAACGGCACCGCUCAGGACCCAGUAUUUAACAUGAUCACACCAUCAAUCAUCGCGCGUUAUGUCAGAUUGUAUCCAGUGUCAGGUGGACCAUCUGGAAUUGGAGGAGUGGCACCCAGGGAGUAUUGCGUUCGUGCGGAGAUUUUUGCUGAGCACCAAUCUUGCUCUGUGCGCUUGAACAAUGCAGAAAACUCCACAUACUAUUCAUUGUCCAAUGGAAUUAAAGAACGCCUCACUUUGAGCAAUGACAUAUAUUCAAUGCAUGGUUGGUGUGCAGAAAUAGGCGGUCAAACCAAGGUUUUACUAAUCCAAUUCAAUGAGUUGCAGCUGCUUUCUGGUGUUAUCAUAUCCGGCAAUCCAAAUGCUGAAAGCUGGGUAACCGGCUUCAAUAUGAGGCUUGGUCUCGAUUCUAAAAGAAUGGAGUUUAUCGGAAGUUUUAAAGGAACCAUUGGCAGGGCAGAUAUUGCUGUGAACUGGCUCAAGAUAAUGAAGGUCGCUAGAUUUGCUGAGAUCGAGGCAACAAGCUUCGUAGGUCAUAAAUGUUUCAGAGUGAGGCUGCUAGGAUGUUCUGAGGUGCCAAUUCAAGGUGGAGAGCCGAGAACUAGAGUUUUAGCUGUUAAAAAAAAUCAUGUGCUGGUUGAUGUGGAGCUGCCAACCAGUGCCAAUCAAUCAGCGAAUAACACAAUUCUACUGAAGUACGCUUGUGUUAACAGCAGUGACUCCAACCUCUGUUUCGACUUAACUGAGAAAGAAAUGGUAUUUACAGUUCAUGGGAACACCACACUCAAUAUCAGUAGCCUCGCCCCUGGAAUGAGGUACAAAGGAACAGUUCAGCUUGUAUACGAACAAAGCGUCAGUCCGAAGAGAGCAUUCGAAUUUAUGACAGAAAGAAUUGGCACUACAGUACAGUCAACCAAGCAGAUGCCUUAUAUGUCGAAAGCAUCAUUCAGUGGGUCUGGUCCAUCAAUUAGUAACGAUGUAUCAACAGACAUAGCUUUAUUUCAAUCUGUAUACAGGAAUACACAAACGGAAGCAAUUGUAUUUGAUGGGUUGAUAUUGGCCUCUCAUGGUACAGAAUAUGCAACAUUGUUGACGAGUCAGGCCAAGUUAAGUGAUUCAGAUGUUCCUGUGGCAACAUUCCUGCCAAGUUUCAGUGCAGAAAGUGCUACAGAAAUGAAAACUACAAAAGGUUCGAGAGAUAAAAAUUAUAGUUCUGCAAGUGCUAGAUUACCUCACGUUCCAGAGGGUACGCCAAUGAUGCAUGACUCAAACAACACCCCUUUUCUAAUGCCAACAGAGUUCACUGCUGAAUCUACUAGCUUUGCCAAAAUUUUAAAUUUGCAAAGCAGUUUAUCAGCCGCCUUUGUUGACAGACAAUCAACGAAAUUGUAUGCCUCGGGCUACGAAAACACAUUGAAAAGCAGAUCAGAGCAGUUACACACAGUUCAUGGUACUUUAGGGAUAAGUUCAUCAACUCGUGUUAACGAAACAUACACACAACGAAGCAUUGCUAUCAGCCUACGUCUCCCGAAUCUCUCUUCAUCGAAAUUCCUCAAUGCUCUUCCCAGUGAAUAUCCUCCGCCAUCUACAGAAAUCGCAAGUGCAACGAGAACGGAAUAUUCUUCAGACCAAAACCAUAGAGUUACGUUUGUUGAAUAUGUAACUCCUUGUUGGAUCACGUACUAUAUCAACGCUCCAUCAUCUUUUGGUAUCCAGUCAGCUAAUUAUACGGCACAAGUGGAAAGUGGCAUAACAUCAACAAUAAGCUCAGAAUAUGUCAGAAAUAUGUCCCAAACGAUUUCAGUAUCAUCACCAAAACUCACUGGAGCAAAAACAAGCGAUGUAAUGUAUUUUCCUUCAAGUAUUGCCUCUCAAGUCUCAUUGACCAAGACUAUGAUUACGUCAUUGAUGGCGUCAUUACCUAGAGGGUCUGCUUCCUCCUUCAUCUAUGACGUCAGUGAAGAUAUAGAAGGCCAUACAGCAUCGUCUUCUCAAACAUCUGCUUUUACGACGCAAGCAAUAGACACCGUAUCUAGUUCCGUAAACUGGAGAAAAACGCCAAAUAAUUUGAGAACAUUGCCUGCCUCAAGACACAGCACGGGUUUUAUCAGCUCUAAAACUGAUGGCACAUUUAUCAAUUCCUCUAACCUGAGAUCAAGCAGCCAAAGCAAAGCAACAUUAACGAUAACAUCUACCAUUGUUACAGAUCCUUGGACUGGUGUAAAUGUUAUCAACAGAAAGAGGAGGGAAGUUUUACCAUACAGCCCUUCUAUAAUGCCAUCCUUUGCGUCCUCUCACAAUAUGUACCUUUCGACUGAUGUAAUAGCUGGGGGACUGAAAAUGAUGAGUGCUAGGGGCACGCAGAGCCAAUAUACAGUGGGUAAUACUUUUGCAUCCAUGGCUGAAAGUAUGAAGUUAAUACUGACGUCAACACUCGGUUACUGCUCAGUCAGCUUAUCUGAAAGAGAAACCAUUCAACCUGUAGAGUUUUUUACUGCAUCCCAUAGCAAUACUGUUUUAUCAACAGACAAAUUGUUUCCCAUCACUUCCAGCCUUCAGCCAAUUGAACCCAGGCCUCAGCCAAGUAGCUCCCAAUCUCAAAAUCCAAGCCUUCCAUUAUCAGCAGCAAUUGCAAACGACAUCCAAUAUGAUUCUAGUAUAGAUUCUCAUGUUGAAAUGACACAAGGUGCUUUUUUCUCUGCAACGCCUCGGCAACCUCAAAGCAACAUUAACGGAGGCUCUGCACAAAGGAACAACACGGUGCUUGAAACGAAUAACGGAGUUUCCACGCAUAUAAAGGUGACGACGUCACAUGUUAAGGUUUUGAAAUCCCAGUCUACAUCAACUUUCAUUGACUCAUUUGCAACUAUCCAGCCAGCAGGGGACAUUGAAGAGAAUUUCACCUUAGCACUCUCUUCUAUUUCUGCUCCUUUGAACCAGAAGAAAACAAUUAGUACACCAAUGAUUUUGGAAUCAUCUUUGAGUACAAAAGAUGUUACCAGUUCAGCAUCUACUUUCAGUUCCCGGGAUACAAUUUAUCAUACCUCCCAACAAGCCUCUAUAUAUGUGACGUCACAACAGGCGUAUCCUUCUCCAAGCAUAAAUGAACUUAUAACCCCAACACUUGUUUCACCGUCUUUGCAAACGCCAAAACUAAGUAAGAUGGAAAACACUAGCUUUAUUGGCAUCCAAACUGACAUAAAUUCUGCUGAUAGAUUUCCACUGUCUUCAACUCUGCCAAAGCAAAACAGUUACAAUGAAACUUAUUCUGAUUUGAAAGGCAGUAGCAGCAGUAUUGUUUCUACUGUCCAACCAACACUUUCUUUUGCAUCUUCAGAAGGUUGGCAAUCUGAUGGCCUAAUGUCUACAGAUAGUUUUCAGCAUCCUGGGGACGAGUUUCUACAGUCGAAUGUCUCGUUUCCAGUAAAUGCAACGAGCAGUACAGUGUUUUUCUCGGUACCUUCAGCUACACCAGACAGCACCUACCAAUCUACCGCUGAAUCUUCUAUAUUGUCUCCUCUCAUUGGGGAAUCUCUAUUGAUUUCACCAAAAGCAACAUUCCAGCAGGAAUUUUCGUUGUCUCUGUUCAACAUAACCGAGUUUUCUUUGAUGCAGUCUUCAUCUGCUUUUAUCCAGUUAUCGGUAAAUUUUGGCAGCGAAAAUUUAUCGACGAAUUAUCAGCUUAUGGAAACAGAAACUUUGAAUUCUAUUUCAGAAAUGACUACGGACUUACUAGCAACAUCAAGCAGCCAAAAACCGUCGAUAUCCGACUCAUUGCAGGUUGCUUCCACGUCACAUUAUUUCAAAGAGGCACCGCAGUUCGCCCAUCCCAGCCUGUCGGUUUCCAGCCCAAGCAUUGUGAGUACAAACCAGAACCAGACCUUGCAAUCAAUCCCGUAUCUGAAAAGCAAAUCCACGGGUGAUACUUCAUUCGCUACUGUAGCUAUCGAGAACACACUGGUCUCUCAAUUCAUAUCACAGUUUCCAAGUGCCAAUACCGCUGAAAGCCAAUCAGUUUUUCAAGGAAACAUUUCAGAUUACUCAGAAAGAGUUUCACGUUCCUUAUUUUCUCCUGUAACAACUGAGUAUUUUGAAUCUGUAGCUUGGACGCUCUCAACAGCCAAAGAACCAGCCUCACAGAUAAUAACGGACCUUUCUCCAACUGCCCAAAGUAAAGCACAUACUGAGAUCAAUUUUCUGCCAAGCCCAUCAUUGGAAAAAUUAACAACCAUUAAUGGUGUCGACUCGCUCAGCAGUGACUCACAGACAAGCCCUCAACCUAGCACAUCUUCUGUAGUGAGGCACAAUCUCACCGUCGAUACGAAGUUACAAGACUUAAGUUUGACAUACAUUCAAAGCUCGUUUACUUUAGCAUUGACACAGAGCAAAGCCCACAAAGUGGUCAAUAUUUCUCUCAGCUCGUCUUUAGAUUCGAUCGAAACCAGUAAAAGUGCUGAUUACCUCAGCAAUGGCUCACAGACAAGCCUUCAGUAUGAUUUAUCUCUCGCCAGUAUCGGUCAAAACUCAAGUUUCACAAACGUCUCGCGUUCAACUACAUCAGCUUUGGCACAGAGCAAACCCAGCGCUGUGAUCACGAUUUCCCCGAGCUCCUCUUUGGAGUCUAUUAAGACCAAUCAGAGUACCAACGUCCUUAGCAUUGGCUCACAGACAAGCCUUUUAUAUAGUAUUUCAUCAUCUAGCGUUGGUCAGCACUCAAGCUCCGUCACAGACAGUGCAUUUAGAAACACAAGUUCCACAUUCACUUCAACAUAUCUACCAGUGACACCAGGAUUGUUCUUUUCUUCAACAAUAGACCAAGUUACGAACGUGGAUCAGCAGUUAUUCAAUGCAACAUCUACAGUGGCUGUACCAACCAAAUUCCUAGCAUUCAAAAGCUCUGUUACUGUUUCGAAAGACAAUGUCGCCCCUGAAUCCAGUGCAAGUCUCUUUGUUUAUCUUUCUGAAGCACCAUCUAUUAACAGUAGGAAAUUGAGCCUUCAGAAUGUCUCCAUUGGAAUAUUUUCUACAGUUCUCAAUACAUCUGCUGAAAAUGCAAAAUUUUCAUUAUCAAAGCACAUCGACCAAUCAUCAUCACCGAAAGAAGUCAGUUCCAGGAAAAUAUUCCAAGAAGCUGUAUCAUCGAUUCCAGUCGUUUCCGUUUCUAGUGAUCUUCAUAAAGACACAAUGACAGCGCCAAUUUUUAAAGCAACACCUUCUCAAGUUAUUUCCUUGGCAUCAAUUUUUACAAAUGCUUCACAUUCUAUAGCUUCUCCUGCCAUUCCUGAGUUGUCUAAAUCCGCUCUUCGACCGGUUUCAGUAUCCACCGAACCUACAAGAAAAUUAUUACCUGACCAAAGUUUAGCUACCUUGGAAAUUUCGCAAAGAAAAGCUGGUUAUGCGACAACAAUUCAGCCUAGCCUGUCCUCAGGAUUCAUCCAAACUGAUAGCAAUUUUGAGUCGGGAAGAAGUUUUGCGGAAUCGGGCACAACCAGACUGCCUAUACCUGUCUCUAGUGUCUUGGAACUGCAAAGUGUGGACAUGAAUUCAAGGUUAAAUCAACGACGGACUGUGAGUUUCAGUGCUAGAUCAAGCAAUAUCAAAGGGAAUACGAGCACUGUUUUGUCCACUUCACCUUCAUCGUCUUUUUCCAGCAUACACACCAACGCAAGUAUCGUUUCUUUACUCCAGAAACGACUCUCGCAGCGUACCCAUCAGUUAUCAUCUCAAAAUGAAUCUCCAGCAACAAUUUCACCAGCGGGAACCAAACGUCUCUAUGAAUCGCCUGCUGUAAACAUUUCAUCGAGCCUUGCUAUCAAUGAACAUAUGACGUCAAACAUAAAUUUUGUAAAAAGUACAGUUAAAGUCUCUUCUACAACAUUAUUGUCGAGAGUUUUGCCUUCCUCUCCCUCCAUGUCAACCAUUCAAGCUCUAGAUUCAACCAAUUCAUCAGCAGCUUAUAAAUACUUGCCAGUAACGUCAAAUCUGCUUGUCUUUGCAAAGAGUACAAUACUCGGAGUAGACUGGGCUACAGUGACGUCACAAUCCCAGUCCUUGCUUACCACACCUCUGUCAGUACCAAGUAGAGUACCUUCAUCAAGCCUGGUUACUCGUUCGGUUUCAAGCAUAACAACAUCAUCGUUCUUUCCCCUAACAUCAAUUCCUCCUACCGUGUAUGGCCUGGCUUACGUGCCAAUGGAAGUACCAAUAACAAAGGAUGUCUCAAGCGUGUCCUAUCUGAACUCUCUCGAGACAAAAAUCAUUGCAACCUACAACCUUCUACGUUUCAAAAGGAAAAAGAGAGACGUGACGCUAAAUGGAAAUACUGCGAAGAUUAUCAUCUUGUCACGCAGAGGAACUACUGGGUUUGUUGACGUUGUGUUUUAUGUAUUGGAAAGGAACACUAUGGUUGCAGCUCAGAGGACCGUGGAUACCCUGAAUCAGAUGACACUUCAGGCUCUUACUCAGAGGUUUGGAGACACGGUUCUUGGGCCUGUUGUGGUUUACGGCACAACAACAGUGGCAGCAACAACAACAGCAAUAGUGUCCACCCACUGGCUUCUUGGCACUGUUUUUCUUAACAACGACCCAAAUCGAAACCUGUCUAGCUCUCAUAACAUUGCAUUGUUCGAAAAGAAGAUUGCCGAGUUCUAUAAAACUGAUGGCACAGCAACAGCGAAGGUAAACUUCCGAAUUCUUGAGCCUGCAAAUAUUUUCUACAUCGAGUUUUUCGUCAGGCAUAGUGGAGUUUUACAGUCUGGUGACGUCAUCGAAACAUUCUUCAGAGGAAAAACACUUGCCGCCCUCAGCGCCUCGAUUUCAUGGACCGUCAUUGCGUUGCCCUACUCCAUAAGUAACAUCAAAUCAACAGACGCUAAUCACGUGAAAAUGGUCCUAAAAGUUGCUUCAGGCACCCAGAUCGUGACACAAGGUUUCAAAGAUUCCAUUUCUACGAAAAUAACCAUGAUGUACCGGGAGGCGAAGUAUGAGCAAAUUGGCGUUCAAAUUCGUGGCAGUGUCACUACAUUCAUUGUCUCUUUGACUUUGCCUCAAGCUGACCAAGGAAAGAUCGUCUUUUUCAUCCUUGACAAGGGGCAAGUUCUUCUGGCGUCAGCACUUGUUGAUAUUUUUGCCAAAUUGUCGUUAACCAGAAUGGCAACAAUUUUAGGCCUUGAGGUUCUUUCCCGUCCAGCUCUUGUGACGUCACUGAUUCCAACUGUAACUUCAAAAUCGGAAUCUUAUAUCUGGAUAAUAGCAGUCUCCGUGGCUGCAUUUCUUCUUGUGCUUCUGGUCAUCACAUGUCUUUUCUAUAGAUGGAAAAAUGGCCGACCUGGCGAGAAAAAGAGUGCUAUCACCAAAGAUCAUAUACAAAGGGUGGAUUUGCCUUCCAAGGCUGAUUUAGAGUUAAAGGAAUUGCGUAUGAACAGUGACGUUACGAUGUAUGCUCAAGACGAGUAUCAUGGAACAGGACGCAAGAAGCCGGUCAGUUUUGCAUCCAACAACAACAACAAAGACCGCAUUCGUUCCAAGCGCCGCAAAGUUCGCAAACCAUCUGAUGCUACAUUUGUAAGCAGAGCGGCGACCAGAUCACAAAUGGAGAAUGGCAAUCUAAGAUUUCUUAAGGACAACACCAGCGUCAGUUCUUCGAUCCAAAGCUAUGACUCUGAAACCAGCUCGAGUGGGUACCUUCGAGCUAGAGCCACCCCCGUAAAACAUUCGAAUCAACCAAUCAACACCAAGGAGCACCGUAAAAAAGCAGAGACUCCCCGUGUCUCCGAACAAGACCUUUCCAGCGAAGAUGUGUCAUAUGAAAACUAUGCGAAGGAGGAUGACCACUUGUAUGAAUCAAUCAAACAGCUACGCAAGACCGUGGAGAUGCAAAAAGCUGCAUCUACUGCUGUAAAAUUACCCCCUGCGAGGCAGGUUACGUAUACUGAUGUGAGGCCAAGGAAAGAGACUCCUUCGCAGCAGAUGGUUAUAGAAAAUGCAGCGUAUGACAGUCGCUCAGAGUUGAACAGAAAGCUUUAUCUUUCAACGAAAGAUGAUGAAAAUAGGAUAACCAAGGAAACGCAACAAACGGCUGCGGAAUUGCCCCCUGUGAGGCAGCUUAGAUAUAUCGAUACGAUGUCAAAGAACGAGGCUCCACUGCAGCAGAGGUUUAAAGAAAACGCAACGUACGUUAGCAUGUUUGAUAUGGAGAGGAUACCUUCCGGUCAUGAAAAAGAAAACGAGGAUUUACAGUCCAUACCAGACCUGACGAUUGCAUAUGCUUUGAAACAGAAAGCAGAAGUUGAACGAAGCAAAAACAAAUUGAGACAGAAAGAGAAGAAGUUAUCAAUACAGAGGCAUAUGGCGGCCAAAGACCACCAGUUUACCGAGGCUGAACAUUCUUCAGAUAACUGUGUAUUAACAACAAAAGUGGGCGAAAAGUCAAUAAAAAGACCAAAACGUCGGUGGAAGAGUGGCAAGGUCGAUGUUGCUGGUUAUGAAGAGGUGCCUGAAAAACCAGCUGUGAAGCUGAACAAUUUUUUUAAACUUGAUGAGCCUUCAGCCACAGAUCUAGUUGACAAAGAUAAUACCGAGUCUAAAAACACAGUCUUUGCUCCAUCUACCGACCUGGAUGACGUUAAACUGAACGAAGCCAAACAGAAAAUUCAUGGACUUUUGAAUGACGCAUUUUCAAUGAUACCAGGAAGUAGAGUUGGGUUUUGGAAAAAGGGAGAAGCUUCUAAGGAUAAAGUUCAGAUUUAUGAAGAUUCCUUCACAGAGCAAAAGGAGACAGCUGAUUUCAGUGAAGCUCCUCCAGAUAUGAAUUUCGGUGAAUAUACUCAGUUAUCAAGAACUCCAAACGAUUCAAUUUCAUUUCACGAUAUACUCUUGCAAAGACCUAUGACUAGUCCGCCUCCAUGGCAGCUUGCAUCCCCCUCUUCCACUCGACUGCUACCGCAAGGUUUAAAAAGACCAUUUGGAGGUAACAAAAGCGAAAGGUAUCUAAGUACACUUCCCCAAGCCCCACAACAUGCACCGCCACAACUCUACAAAAUUUCACCAGCACCGAUGCCGUACGUUCUAACCCCUGCGCCGGAGCAGCAUGUAUACUUAACACCAGUGGCUCGCAGCUUUGAAAACCAACUGUUCAGUUCGUUAGAAGAAAACGAAGAAUCUUUCGAAAACGCUCCGUCAAAUGAUGCAUCAUCUGUAAACCAAAGCCAUAUUCCGGCUGACGAUAAACAUUUUAGCAUCCAAGAGCUCUCGACAGAUAAUUCUCAAAAUCCACAAUCACUUGUACAGUAUAUCAAAAAAGAACUUCUAAAGUUAGCUACAUCAAACAGAGCAAAAUCUUAUCAACAACAGACGGAGAUGAUUUGAUCACUUGUCUGGAUAGCAGCCACAGCAAUCCUGGAUUCGGUGCAUGAAAAUUCUUCACCUGAGGUGUUUAGAACUAGACAGCAUUUCAAGGUUUAAAAUGUAUUUAAAGAUAUUCUAAAAAGUUGAUUGUAUUUUUUACAGAUCUGCUAUGCCUCCUAAUAAUUCCAUGUUUUGAAUUUGUCAUACUUUUAGCAGGGAAUAGAUUUUAAGAAUGGCAUCAAUAAAAGAAGACAUUUUUAGACAUUCUUCAGAUUUUUAUUUGAACUUUUUCUGAUAUUUUAUUUCAUAAGGGGUGUCUAAUGAACAGGCACGCCGGAGGCUGCAGCCCCUCCCCCCUUCACUUUUUCGCUAAACUGUUAUAUCAAGGUUGUAACAGCUAAAUUGGGCCUUCUUAAGCCUUCUUUCGUUGAUGAAUUAAAACUGAUUUAUAAGCGUGAGGUCUAGUGUCUUCGAGAGAUUUCUCCAAACGGUAUAAAGGGCCUUUGUUAGGUUUAUCAACCUAAAUUUUUCACUUCUGUGUAACACAUUGCAAGUUACUGCUAAUAUUAUCCCUUAUUAGAAAAGGAUGGAAGACCAAGUCUUUUACAUAUUUCUGACAUAUUCCUAGUGUAUAUAUGAAUAUAAACAAAUCAUGAACAGGUGAUAUCCUGAAAGCCCCUGGAAGAAAAAACAUCAUAGGACUCAGCACUCUACCUGCAAAUAAAGAAAUUGCAGGAACCUAUAAAUCCCAUAACAUAAUCUUUAAUAUGUCAAGAGGGCUCCAGAAGCUUAGAAUGAUAUUUCCGUUUGUUAUCAAAGAGCAGUAAUGAGUUUAUCUUACGAGCUGAAAGCAACUCAAACACAACUCUCUGGUAGAUCAUCUGCAAUAUAGAAUCGUUAAUAUACUUAAUUUUAACUUUAACUGUAUAUAUGUAUUCGUGUUCUUAUGGAAUUAUUGUUUGUAUUGUGUUUGUAGCCUGAAGAGAUUUUGCGUACAUAUUAUAAAUUUAAAAGUAGCAAUGAAAAUAUUAUGGCAUUCUUAAGAUCUGAAAAGUAAUGAAAUCUUAUCCAGAUCGAGAGUUGAAAGUUUUAUUCUAAUCGCAUACUAUUUUUAUUUUUGCACAGUUGCUUAGUGCUUUGAGAGUCUCUUCAGCGUCAGAGACAAACUUUUCCAUCAAUUUUAGGAACUUUAUCAGUAUAGCGUACUUUUCAGAAAACCUUCAGCCUCUCGACAUUAUGGCUGCGCUAUUUUUGAAAAAAAUAAAGCAAAAUUGCUUCAAAGCUAAUACCCUAAAAAUCUGGCUGCUUACACGAAAUUCCUGGUAUUCUUGGCGAAUUG